AUGGUGUACAACGUGAUAUUAUGUGGACAGAAGAUUCAAGAUUCAGUUACAAUUGUUAAGAACAGCAUCUUUGCACCCAAAGUGGACGUUGUAGUAGCAACUGGUGAAGUGAUAUUUUCCGUAAUCGGAUGUGAUUCUGCUAGACACUACAUAAUAGCAGGUUCUCCGAUCGAAGAACUGAAACUUGCCAGGAGAAUUUGUCUACCUGGUGAUCUUGUAUUGUCCACUAGUGCGUGGGAGUAUUGCGCGCCUACUCAAUACGAGUAUGUCAUCAAGGACUCGUGCAAUGUCAAGAUUAUCAAAGUACUUGGACCACCCGUGGAACCUCAGAAACAGACUACUACACUAAAUGUAGAACUUCCAAGCUUACAUCGACGACGGUCUACUGUUACUCCUGAGGUAACCGAAACUAUCUCAGAGGCGUCUAUGUACACUGAAAUGAACGAGAUACCCUUUAGAGCGAGAGUGUCUGUAAUCGACGCGUAUAGACGACGUCUCGGUAAUCUUUUAAAGACCUACAUGUUAAAACCAGUUUUAAAGGAGAUUGACAAUGAGGAGCCUUUAGAGUACCUUACCGAAGUGAGAAACAUCACUGUGGUGAGUGUUAAUAUUGUUCCAGGCAAGUGUUCUAUUUAUGAAUUGAUAUCUCUGGUUGACGAAGCUUUUAAGACUAUUCAAAGGUACAGCAUAAUUGAAAACUAUUCUGGGUGCAUCAACAUGAUAAAUUUAUUCGACAAAGACAUAUUAUUUAGUUUAUCGUAUGGGGUAAAUGAAUAUCGUAACGAGAACGAUGAGGAGUCUAACGCGAAAAAUGCGAUCUUUUCUGCCUGGCAAAUAAUGAACGAUAUAAAGUCUCUUGCUGGGGUCAAAGGUGUCUCGAUUGGCCUGUCCAGUGGUAUGGCAUUUUGCGGGGUAAUAGGUCACGCUGUUAGAAGGCAGUACAUGAUUUUUGGUACCCCAGUAGAUAAAGCCAUUUCUUUAAUGCUGAUUUCACACGACAAGGUAUCCUGCGACUACGAGGCAUACUCGGACAGUUUGUUAAGCAAACAUAAAUUUCGUUCUCGUGGAAUAAAAACAUUAAGAAGAUUUGGAAAAUGUUUUGUCUAUGACUUUAUCAAUUCACCAUCAGAAGAAGAAACUAUGUCGAAUUUAGAGUAUUGCUACCCUAUUUUGGAUCGGUUUCAGGAACUGGAAUACUUCAAAGAUAUCUUGGACGAGAUUGGUGUAGUAGGAAGAAGCUACUCAGGAAUGCUUAUCGAGGGUCCUGAAAGAUCUGGUAAAUCAAGAUUGCUCGACGCAUUUGUUACUAUUGUUCGAAAUAGACAAAUCAAAGUAAUUCAGCUUGUUCUACACCCGUCUUAUAACGAGAAAGCGUAUGCGGUGCUUUACCAUGUCUUUAUUCAAUUGUUCGAUGCAACAAACUGUUACACGAUCUACGACCGUGAAAAGGCUGUAUCGACUCAUUUGGCCGAUAUUUUGGAGCCAGAAGAUUUCUGCUAUCUAAACUGCAUCAUGAGAGUUUGCUUUCCCCUUUCGAAAGGUUAUUGCGAGGAUACCGAUUGGAAACGUCAUACGAAAACCAUCGAAAUCUUCGAGCAGAUAUUACACAAGAUCAGCGGACGAGUGUGUAUUCUCCUGGACGAUGUGCAAUUCAUGGAUCUCUUAUCCUGGCAGUUCUUCUCGGUUGCUUUAAGCAACGUAAACGUGGUUCUAGUGGUAACAUUAGUGGAACCAAUUUCUUGGGAUAAUUUGACUCAGAUCGAAGCUGGCAUUUGCCAAGACAAAAGGCUGAUGAGCAGAACCCUGACGGGGCUGGAUUCGAAAUUCAUCGCAGCCUUCGCUUGUCAGUUCUUGAAUGUUCAAGCGAUUCCUAAAAGUCUCGAGAAAGUUCUUAAAAAACGUGGCAAGACUGCGAUCAGCUGGUGCGAAGCUUUCCUGAUGUCCACUAUACAAGUUCGAGCUCUGAAUUUUAUCACCAUUUCUCCAACGGCAGUGAGUCAAUACGACCUCGUUUUCCCCGAUAAUUCGCUCUUGGUGAAGAUACCAGCUUAUCUGACGCCCGAAGAAUUGGCACCACCCUUGCACUGGUCGCAAAUGAGCUCUUUGAACAUCUGUGUGACAUCGGACAGACCAACUGGAUUCAUAGCAUCGAAUCGCGACGUAACAGGUCUGAGGAUCGACAUCUACAAUAGAAUGAACUCUUACGAGCAAGACUUCAUCAAGUGUGCAUCAGCAAUGGCCGUGGCAGAGAUGAUAAGACUGAGGAUCCUCCAGUGCGCUAUGAUUCAGAGGAAGUACUUUCACGCAGACGACUCGGUGUAUUAUUUAUUCAAAAAACGGAAAACUUUCAGUAAUAUGCAUCAUUUGGUCACCUGUGACUGCCAGUCAUCGCGUAUCUUCAUGGAGAAAACCUUGCCACACUACGCGUAUUGUAAGAUACUAGAGUUCACGAGACGCUCUUAUCGCAAGUUAUUGUACGAUAUAUUGGCACCGCACGAGAAGGAGGACUAUCACUCGAAAGCUGUGACUUUCCUCGAGCGAGAGGCUCAAAGGUGCAGCACAUGCGGCGGUGGUAGCUUUGUAAACCUUUUCUCGGCGGAGAGCAUGAACGGACUUCCGAGGAACAGUGAAUUGUUGCACAGAAAAGUAACCUCGUGGAAUCGGUCCGAAAAGUUCGGGAUGGAAUCGAGGCGAAGUAUAUUCGUAGCGGAGAACAACGGAGGUGAUAAGAAAAAGGACGUUAACAUUCGAAGAAUUUCUAUUCUGCCCGUCCACAUAGAACUCGAAGACGAUGACUCAGGCAUGAGCUCGGAACCCGGAAAAGAAGGGUACACGACCGACUACUCGAGAAAGCAGAAACGAGGGGCUGUCUCUAGUUCUGGGACAACUGUGGACGAUUUGUGGGAUAAUCGUCUGAAGGAGUUCUCCUAUAUCAAUUACAGAAAUUGUCGGUGCAACGAAGUGACCAGCUAUGUUUUUUGGAAACUCCGUCAUCACAUCGAGCGUUGCAAGGACUUUGAAAAAUUGGUGAAGCUGAUGAUAGAAUAUACAGCUGCUUUGCUCCAAACUGCUCAGCCAUUGUUCGCGACGAAAUUUCUUGCAGCCGCUAUUACCCACCUCGAAGUAUUGAAGAUAAAAGAACACGUGGCUCUCGAAGCUCCUGAUUCCGAUUCCGAUAAAGGGAAAACCUUGAUUCUGAUGGGGGACGCAUACGUGGCGUAUGGAAAUUAUUCUCAGGCAAGUAAAUUUUACACCGAGGCGGUAUCGAUGCGAACCGAACUGCUGAAUACGGCCAAAGCGGUCUGCUACAGAUCGAUCGUCGAGUCGUUGAAACAUCGGGUGCGAGGUUUUCCUGAUUACAAUGUGAACAAAAUCACCGGCGAGCAGGCAGUUUAUAAUUUUGAAGUCGCUGUCUAUUUGCAUCGAUUGGCUACAGUUUACAUGAAUCAAGCUAAGAUAGCGAAGCUGACCAUUUUGCAGAGCAUUAGAGCUGCAUUCGAAUGCGUAGGUGGUUUCGUGGAAAAGGGAAGAAUAUACUUGACAGCCUUGGAGAUUUUUCAGAAAUUUGAAGGUAACGAGUUCAUCGAACCACUGGAGAAGCUGAUGAUCACUGUCAUAGACGAGCAGUUGCAUUGGAAGUCUGCAGAAGCUAUCGUCGUCGCUGCUACAGUGUUUCAGACUACGUUCAACUCCAGUGUCAGUAAUUUGCUUGUUGCUAGAAUCUUGCAGGGAAAGCUGUCCGAUGGUAUAGAGAUCGGUAUUAAAAUACUGAAGAUAUGCAACGCUUUACACAUCACCAAAAUCAAGCUCGAUGUACUCCCAUUAUUGAUAGAACUUACGAUUUGGACGAAACAUCUAAACGAGGCAGUAGAUUUAUUACAGGAACUCUACUCUUCGUCCAAGGAAGACACUGAUCAUUCUGCCAUCACUUGGUACCAUGCUCUUUGUUUGGAAUGUAUCUUGGAUGCUGGCAUGAUCGUGAAGUCGUACAGAUCUUGUUUCAACUUUUACCUCACUACCUUUGGAACAUGGUUGUGA